UUGCCUCCUAAGUUCAUAGCUUCUUCAAUUACCUCUCGUACACUGUACGAGAUUCUUAGUACAAUUCGAUUUUGCUCAUUUAAACUCUUGUAUUCGUUUUUGUCUGCCAGUAGCGUGUGAUUCUGUGAAAUUUGUUGGAUAGUUUGAUUCAGGAGAAAAGCAAUAAACCAUGGGCAAAGCUUCAAGGGAUAAGAGGGAUAUAUAUUACCGAAAAGCGAAAGAAGAAGGUUGGCGUGCUCGAAGUGCUUUUAAACUUCUUCAGAUAGAUGAGGAAUUUAACAUUUUUGAAGGGGUGAAACGUGUUGUAGAUUUAUGUGCUGCCCCAGGCAGUUGGAGUCAGGUUUUGAGUCGAAAACUGUACCUUCCAGCCAAGCUUGCACCUGAUGCAAAGGAUGAAAAUCUUCCUCUUAUUGUAGCUAUUGAUUUGCAGCCAAUGGCUCCGAUUGAAGGUGUUAUCCAGGUGCAGGGUGAUAUAACUAAUGCUCGGACCGCUGAAGUGGUCAUUAGACAUUUCGAUGGUUGCAAGGCCAACCUUGUUGUGUGUGAUGGUGCUCCUGAUGUUACCGGACUUCAUGACAUGGAUGAAUUUGUUCAAUCCCAACUCAUACUUGCAGGGUUGACAAUUGUUACUCAUGUACUGAAGGAAGGAGGGAAGUUCAUUGCGAAGAUAUUUAGAGGAAAGGACACAAGCCUUCUAUACUGUCAGCUAAAAUUAUUUUUCCCUGUGGUGACUUUCGCAAAGCCAAAAAGUAGCCGUAAUUCCAGCAUAGAGGCAUUUGCAGUUUGUGAAAACUACUCCCCUCCUGAAGGAUUCAACCCGAAAGAUCUUCACCGACUUCUUGAGAAGGUUGGAAGUCCAUCAGGCGUAGAUGAUACAGAUUGUGUUAGUGGGUGGUUGGAAGGCCCUAAUAAGGUGUAUAUCCCAUUUCUAGCUUGCGGGGACCUCACUGGAUAUGAUUCUGAUAGGUCAUAUCCACUGCCUAAAGUUGCUGGGGGAACAUAUCAGAGCUUGGAUCCAGUACAACCUCCUAUUGCCCCUCCUUACAAGAGAGCUCUAGAGUUAAAAAAAGCAUCACCUCAAGGAUUCCGAGAACUUGAAAAUCUCUCCCUGGAUUCCUGAUCUUGCAUAUCCACUGUUUAUUCAGUGUUAUUUGGAACUUUAUUUAUUUAUUGAUGUUUCAAUUGUAAUGAGGAAAAAAGAGGGUUGUGUUAUACUUCGACAAUCAAGUAAAAGUUUGUCGAAUCUUUAUGAUUUCGCCCUUACUUAGUGGGAUUCAACUUGAUUGUUGUUAUUGUUGUUGUAUGGUUAAACUGUGGUUCCCGAUUGAACAGAUUAAACCAUAACCAUUUUUGUAUGCUCCCGGUAGACUUGAUACAUUUUAGAUUUAUGAAAUGGUUGAUAUACUAUUUAGGAUGCUGCCACUACUUGUAAUCUUUAAUUGGAUCAUUCAAUUGGAAUGAAUAGUAGUGAUAAUA